GCUGCAUUGUCUCGACUGGACAUUCACACUCAUCAGGUCAUCUGUCUAUCUAUCCAUCCCUCUGGGGAGAGAGAAAAGAGAGUGAAUAUCGCCAUCUGAAACUUUGGAAAAGUUUGAGAACUGACUUGAGCUGCACAUCCACUAUAACGGCGUCUUAUACGAGCUCAGAAGAAAAAUUACUGAGACCGAAAGACACAUAACAGGAUUUGUACGUAAAUAUUAACAGACUUUGCAUUCGAAGAUACCGGAGACAUCGGAGGACACGGGUCUGCCCAGCGGACCAAACCUCACGCAGCAUCACCAUGAGAUUCUUCCAUCCACUCUAUCUGCUGCUGCUGCUGCUCACAUUCCUGCUCAUCGCCAGCGCCGGAAAACAAGAUUUUCUCAACCUGAGGCGGAAAUAUCGCAGACACAAUUGUCCAAAGAAACGCUGUCUGCCUUUACACUCCAGAGUGCCAUUCCCUUGAGGGUUCACAACUCCUCAACUAUCCACAGCUAUGAUGUCUUGUCAAGCGUUAAGAAAACCAAAGACCAGUGAUGGACGGGAAAUGAUAUCAGACUCACUGAGGACUGUUCAUUUGCCCGUAUACUGUAACCAAGCCAUGCUAGUCACUUCUGUAAAGGAAGUGUAUUGUUUUAUGAAUGUUAAGUGAACAAGCCAUGGGGACAUCAACUGUAACCAAACAUGCUGAAAACUCAUCGCGCAAUCAGUUUGAGUUUGCCAGAACCAUUGUAAAUAGUAAGAACUGAAUGAAAUGUGUUUAUAUGUAAGUUAUGCACUUCAAAUGUUUUAUUAUUAUCCUGAUUAAAAAGUGUAUUGUCUUUUCA